CUGCCAGUAUCAACAAUUCAAUGUUCCCUUAAUGCAUUCAACAUUAACCAGGUUGAGAAAACUUAAUAUUAGAACUGUCUUGGAGCGCAUUUUGAUGUCUGGUAACUUCUAAUAAAGGUCCCUUAUAAGAGCGAAAAGAUGUGUAGGACAAUGAUUUUAAUAAGUUACAAACCUUUGAGUUCCUAAGCUGCCUUCUAAAAGUUAUUGAUGAGAAAGAGGUUUUAGGUAAUUAAACGAGACUUGAGUGCUCAUUUUGGUGUGUGAUUUUGAUGAAAAGUUCAUACAAUCAGAAAUUUUUUUGACUUUCUGAGAAAAAGAAUAUUUAUCGGAAGUUACAACUAUAUCUAAUAAAUUCUUUUAUUUUAUUGCACUUGAAACAUGAAAACUGGUCAUGAGUUCCAUGUCAUUAGGCAGAUUCUCGAGUUGUCACCUAAUUGCAAAAAAAGUUCAACCUCUAUCUAUCAAUGGAAGACAUUAUUUAUGAUCCUCUAUGUGCAAAAAAUUAAUAGCUGAUAUUGGCCCAUAGAUACCAAAAAGGUGUUUAUAUAUGUAUUAGAUAGUAAAGAUUUGGUCAACCCUCAACAAGUUGGACAUGCUGCACUGAGCCUUAGUAGUGGGUUUUCCACUGAAUGUCGUGUUUCAGAUUGGAUGCCAUUGUGAAUAAACAUUUGAAUGUGGAUAUGUUGGUGAGCACAUAUGAGACAUGAGACAUUUGACCCUUCAUCUAUGAACUUGAAUAAUAGUGUUUCUGUUCUCAAAUGAAGAGUCAUGCUUCUGAUAAUGGUCUUUCUUUUUAUAUGGGUUUCUCUCAUGAUUUCUACACAGAAAGGAAGUAACUGAUCCGUAAGACAUCUCUUUCGGGCUGUCUCUUUAACUGUCACCUUCUUUCACAAUUUAUACACCUUUCUUUUUUAUUCGGAUGAAUUGAUUUACUUUUUGAACCUUGAAUUUGGUGGACUUAAUCUAGGGUUACUACUAUUAAAUUUGCUUUUGUUGGGGUUGCUUUGAAGUUUUUGUUAAUUGCAGUACAAGAUUAGUGGUCUAACAAGUUAUUGGGAGUUAGGAUCCCAUGGUAUUGACUCCAUGAUAAGGACUCAUAUUCCCCAGAGAUCAAAGGCCAGUAAGCAUGAUUAUGCACAUUGGGUGUGAUCACAGCGCUGGGCUUUCAUGGGGACAUACCAAGAGAUGGAAACACAUCAAGCGGGUGGAAGUAUGUUGAUUAGGGGGAGGAGCAGGUACCUUGGUAAAAGAAUUAGGUUAAGUUGGUAUUUUAGUUGAACGAUGAACAUCGAAAUAGCAGGAAAAAGACAAUUCUACCCUUUUCCCACUGUCACUAGUGAUAAAAUUGCCUGUCCCAUUCAUGAGAAAAUGGAUUCAAGUCAAGUCGAGGGCCAAGACUUCGGUGGUAGCUUACUUGCAUUUUGAGAACCUUCAUACCAAUUCCUGAGCAAAUUACGGGCUUUCAAACGUGAAAUGCCCUUUGUAAACGAGGGCACAAGCCGCACGACACGUUCUUCUCAUUCUUUCUGCAUCAGUUUCAAUUCCAUUUUUACAGAACCCAUAUAAAGUCUCUCUCAAUUCUCAUUCCUUUCCUCCAUACAGUGACCUUCUGCAGCUAGCUUCUGAGCUUGGCGAAGCCUUGCCAUGCAUGUUGCUCUGAUCUCCUUCUGAAGCUUAGGCCCAGGUGAGCACGAGAGGUGCACAAGCAUGAAGAAGAAUACCGAGAACUGGAGUUAUAUUUUCUGGCACGGAGCUGGAUUUCACAGGCAUUUUCCAGGAUCUCUGAAGAGAGGUGGUGCAACUUCCAUCACUACUACUGUGCUCUUCUUCGUCUUCCUCUUCAUCUUUGUUGGCGCCUUGGUUUACACAGGAUGGAUCGAUGCUUCUAUAUUUCCAGGUGAUCCCUCCCAGAAGUCAUUACUCUCAUUCACGAAAGCACCAAUCAGAUUACAGUACCCACUCAACUGCAGUGCAGGCAACCUCACCAAAACUUGCCCUGGAAACUACCCCACCAAACACAACCCCACAAAUCCUGACCAUUCAUCAACCAACAUGACCUGCCCUGACUACUUCCGAUGGAUCCAUCAAGAUCUACUGCCCUGGAAGCAGACCGGAAUCACCAGGGACAUGGUGGACCGGGCCCAAAGAACGGCCCAUUUCAGACUUGUGAUCAUUGAUGGGAAGGCCUAUGUUGAGAAGUUCAGAAAGUCCAUACAGACUAGAGAUAUGUUCACCUUGUGGGGCAUUUUGCAGCUCCUGAGAUGGUACCCUGGAAGGCUGCCUGACUUGGAGCUCAUGUUUGAUUGUGAUGAUAGGCCUGUUGUUCGAAUGAGAGACUUCCGGGGCCCGAACGCUGCCCCACCGCCAUUGUUCCGGUACUGUGGAGAUGAUUGGAGCUUGGACAUUGUGUUUCCAGACUGGUCUUUCUGGGGAUGGGCUGAGACCAAUAUAAAGCCGUGGAGAAAUGUGCUAAAGGACAUAAAAGAAGGCAACAGAAGAACCAAAUGGAAAGACAGGGUCCCCUUGGCAUACUGGAGAGGAAACCCCCAUGUGGCUCCAACAAGGGGUGAUCUUCUCAAAUGCAAUGUCUCCGACAAAGCUGACUGGAAUACUCGCCUAUACCUUCAGGACUGGGGCCAACAAUCUAAAAUAGGGUACAGGCAAUCUAACUUAGAGGACCAAUGCACCCACAGAUACAAGAUUUAUAUUGAGGGAUGGGCGUGGUCUGUGAGUGAGAAGUACAUUCUAGCUUGUGACUCCAUGACCUUACUCAUAAGGCCCCGUUACCAUGAUUUCUUCAUAAGGGGGUUGGUGCCAUUGCAACAUUAUUGGCCUAUUAGGGACAACAACAAGUGUAGGGAUCUUAGGUUUGCUGUGGAAUGGGGCAACAAUCACACCGAUAAGGCACAAACAAUGGGGGAGACGACGAGCAAGUUCAUUCAGGAGGAUCUGAAGAUGGAUUAUGUGUAUGAUUAUAUGUUCCAUCUAUUGAACGAGUACGCGAAACUCUUGAAGUUCAAGCCAACCAUACCACCAGGAGCAGUGGAGGUUUGUGCAGAAACAAUGGCAUGCCCUGCAGAAGGUGCAUGGAGGAAGUUCAUGGAGGAAUCCCUAGAGAAGACUCCUACUGAUACCACUCCUUGCAGCUUGCCUCCUCCAUAUGAUCCUCCAGGGUUCCAUGAUUUUAUUGAGAGAAAAGCCAAUGCAACGAGGCAAGUGGAGCUGUGGGAGAAUGAAUAUUGGGAUAAGCAGAAUAAGAAGCAAUAGAAGGCCUCUCCUAGAUGGUUCUAACUGUAGAUUAUAAUUGGUAAUUUUCACUAGACCAACAUUUAAUAACUUAUAAUGUGAUUUCCUAUAAGUCGCAUUUGAGGAGUUUAUAAGCAUCUCAAGUAACUUAUUGACAAAAUGAAUAUACUAUUACCUUGAAAAUUCUUACA